AUGUUGCCGUGCGCCUUGGCCUGGCUGCUGAUUUGCUUCUUCUUGAGCAAGCUGCUGCCAUCGCCUUCGUGGCGUUUCGAGAGCGGCAAGCUCGUGUCGACCAUGGGCCAGUUUAUGCAGGUGAGCUUCACGAUCUACAGCAAGAUCGCCUUGUCGCCCAUGGUGUGCUACACCCACCCCAAUGGAAAGAGCGGCAUGCUUGAGCACAAUGGCAUCUUCUGCUUCGAGAGUGAAGAGCACACGCCCAUGUUCCUUAUCGGAAUCCUUCUCCUUGCUGGAAUGAUCAUCUUCUAUGCUAUGGCCAUUUGGGCCACAGUUGUGGCACCGCGGAAAGCAGCCUCCGGGAAUGUCUGGUUUCUGGCAGCGACGCGGUUCCUUCUCUUCCGCUUCCGCACCGAUAUUUGGUGGUUUGGGACAUUCAUGCUGCCGCGAGGCCUCAUGCUCUCGCUCUCCAUCGUUAUGGCGGGCGACAGCCCCUACGUCCAG